AGUAAAAGUGUUGCUUCGUUUCUGCUCAUAUAUACAUUCCCACACUAAAGAACCUCAAGUACACACAUUAAAGAUUCAUCACCCACCUAUGGAAACAUGUGAAAUGAACCGACAAACAGCUCAUCACACCCAAGCCUUCAAAAUUUGAAGAAAGUAGCUCAAAAGUUGCAAAGGGGUGUCGAUUAACCGGAGCAGAUUCACACGAAUCGUCAUUUUUGAUAUCGGGGAAAGCUGCAUUCACAGGAGUGUAAUCGAGGAGAAAUAGGCACAUAGCUGGUUUUUCAGUUCGGAUCGUUUUUGAGGCUGAGCUACAGGUCAAGAUUUUUAGUUGAUCCAUCAAUGGAGUUUUGCGUCUCAUUGUUCUUAUUUCUGGCAUCAAUUUCUGCGAUUUUUGCACAAUAUGUUCAAGAGUCGGAACUUGUAAUUAAUGCAACUUUACCAUUGGCUCACACGGAUGCAAAUUAUAUUUGUGCUACUAUUGAUUGGUGGCCUGAUGAAAAAUGUAACUACAACCAUUGCCCAUGGGGGUCAUCAUCGGCUUUAAAUCUGGAUUUAUCUCAUCCUAUUCUUGCCAAAGCAGUCCAAGCUUUUGAACGUCUCAGAAUACGUGUAGGAGGUUCCUUGCAAGACCAAGUGGUGUAUAAUGUGGGGGAUUUCUCGGGUCCUUGUCAUCCCUUUAUAAGAAUGAAGGGGGAAUUGUUUGGAUUCUCUAGGGGUUGUCUUUGUAUGGAUAGGUGGGAUGAAUUGAAUCGUUUUUUUGUCAAGACAAGAGCACUUGUGACCUUCGGCUUGAAUGCGCUCCAUGGAAGACACCAGCUUAAGAAGGGAGUUUGGGGAGGAAACUGGAAUUCCAGCAAUGCCCGUGAUUUUAUGAAGUAUACUAUUUCCAAGGGGUAUCAGAUAGAUUCAUGGGAAUUUGGUAAUGAGUUGAGUGGCAAGGGCAUUGGUGCCAUGGUUCAUGCUGAGCAGUAUGCGUAUGAUGUAAUUGAACUCAGGGGUGUAAUUGACAGUUUGUACCAGGAAUUCCAGCCAAAACCGUUGCUUGUAGCACCAGGAGGGUUCUUCGACAAACAGUGGUUUGCAAAACUUCUUAAGGUUUCGGGUUCAGAAAUUGUUGAUGUAAUGACACUCCAUAUGUAUAAUCUGGGCCCAGGCGUUGAUCCGAAUUUAGUGAAAAAUAUUUUGGAUCCCCAUUUCUUGAGUAGGGCUUCCAUCACGUUUGGUGAUCUCCGGCAAACCAUUCAAAGAAAUGGACCAUGGGCAUCUUCUUGGAUCGGAGAAUCUGGUGGUGCAUACAACAGUGGUGGUCUUCAUGUUUCAGACACGUUUGUAAAUAGCUUCUGGUACUUGGAUCAGCUUGCAAUGGCAGCUAAGUACCACACGGAAGUAUAUUGCCGCCAAAGUUUAAUUGGUGGAAAUUAUGGUCUUCUCAAUAAAACAACAUUUGUGCCUAACCCUGAUUAUUACAGUGCACUUCUAUGGCAUCGGCUUAUGGGAACAGGGGUUCUUGUUGUAGAAAGGAUAAAUGCCGGGCCACAUUUGCGCUCUUAUGCCCAUUGUUCAAAAGGGAAAGCAGGCAUAACAUUGCUUCUGAUUAAUCUAAGCAACCAAACAGAGUUCCAGCUCAAAGUUCACAACAUCUUGAAUCUGAAUUUGCCUACAACAAAACCCAACAACGGAUCUUUCACUCAUCGGCUAAAGUCAAUGUUUUCGUGGGUCGGGUCAAAGUCAACCGAUGAAAAACUACCCCGAGAGGAGUACCACCUGACCCCACAAGACGGCAAUAUCAGAAGUAAAACGAUGCUUUUAAACGGAGUUCCAUUACAACUUACAGAAACCGGAGACAUCCCAGAUUUGAAACCUGCAAUGGUGGAUGUUAGUUCUCCGAUUUGCAUCGCUCCUUUGACCAUCAAGUUCAUCCAGUUUCCGAGCUUUGAUGCUUGCGGUUGUAAAUGAUGCAUUACCGUUUGUACUACAUCAUGUAUAUGUAUAACCCAGCUUUGCAAUUGUGAAAGAGCAUUGCGAAGUUGAUAGUUUCUGUUUUGAAUGUGGUUGAAGUGCCCCCUUCGGGUUAUAAAAAUGACACUUGACCACCAUCAGGUAUGAAAAAUUUCAUGAUUAGUCCCUUGAUAUUG